UCUGAUAUUUCGUGACGUUUCCGGUACAAAGGAGAUAUAUCUGUCGGUUUAUACAUGGGGCUAUCGGCAUUCAUCUCUAAGAGACCAGCUGAAGACAUGGGGCAAAGACUGAUUUUUCUAUUUAUUUUUCUUCUAAGCGAGUUCCAAGUCUUAUUAUGCUGCGAUUGCUUUCCAUCCCAUAUUCAAACGGAUUUCUGUGCCUCAAGUUUUGUAAUUAAAGCAAAAGUUCAUCAACAGGAGGAGCUUCUAACCCCCGAUGGAUUUGAUUCAUGGCUGCGUUACAGAGUUAAUAUUUCUAAUGUUUACAAGGGUCAAGAAAUGUUCCUGCUUGGAAACAGAGUACUGAUUAGUACUCCAGGCCCCGCCCAUUCCUGUGGUCCCCAGGAACUGAAACUAGAUCAGGACUAUCUCAUAUCCGGAUACAAAGACGAAACAGCGUUGAGAGCGGCACCCUGUGCCGGAGUCAAGUUCUGGAAGCCUAUUUAUUCCUCGUUACUUCAGAAUAUAGAUUGCGGAUGCAAGGUGUUCACCCCCAGAACUUGGACUAUUCCAAUAGUAAAUCCAGCCCCACCCAAGACAGAUGAAACUUGCAUCGCUCCAACUAGGGGGACGUGUAGCUUUAAAUCAGGAGUUUGUAAAAAAGAUCCCGAUGGCGUCUGUCACUGGAACUUAGUUGAACCAUGCUAGAUAUAGCCACGAACAAGCAACUAUACACGUGGGGUUUCUUUUGAACAUGUGUUUGCGAGUUGUAAAUUUAUGGGAUAAAAUUGGUAAUUGUAAAAAACUUAUUGUCUUAUUUUAUCACGUUGUAUAUAUUGUAAGAUAAGUUAUCCGUAUCAUUAUUUUUUGUCUCUAUUUCAAUGAAAUAUCUAGUGUAUAAAACUCCUUUAUUUCUUGUCUUUUCAUUGUUCUUACAAGCGUAUCAUAACAUGUUUGUUUCAAAGCAUACAAAUGUGCGUAUACAUGAAAUUUUACUAGGUGCAAGGCUUGCAUUGUUUAUUAUUAACAAAAUUUGUUUUGUUCAUUUAUACUAUACCGUUUUAAAACAUUGAUUGAGAAAUAAGGAAUCAAUCUUUGAGUAUUGUGAGGCCAUAAUUUUGGUUAGGGUGUGAUCAAAUCUAAUGAAACCAAAAGGGCUUUAUGACUACUAUAUCUAAAUUAUUUUCAGCAGUGGUUUGGUUAAAAUAAGCUUAAGUACGCAAACCCCGCUUGGGUCUCAACAACACGUCAUUUGAAAUUAUUUGACUGUAUUCGAUUAGUAGUGUUAUCAUAGA